GCGGCCAGGCUCCGCGCAGGCAGAUUUAGGUGUCUCGUCUCCGUCCGUCCUCCCGUCACCGGCCAGCACAGGGUACGCACGCUAGCACCACUGUCUUCAGCGGCACCAGAGAAUCCAACCUACGCGACCCAACCCUCACCUGCUCUGCCCCAUCGCUCCUCGCCGGCCUCCACCCGUACUUCCCCUCCAUCCAUCCACCUCCCUUACCUUCUUCCCAGCUCUUCACGCCGCCGCUCCCCUACGUGCCCUCCCCCUUCGCGCAAAGCCUCCAGCUCCAGGAUGGACGUCGAAUACCACGAGGAGUACGUGAGGAACUCGAGCGGGGUGCAGCUCUUCACCUGCGGAUGGCUGCCGGCCUCCACAUCGCCCAAGGCACUCGUCUUCCUCUGCCACGGUUACGGCAUGGAAUGCAGCGGCUUCAUGAGAGCAUGCGGGGUGCGGCUGGCGGCGGCCGGGUACGGCGUGUUCGGGAUGGACUACGAAGGGCACGGCAAGUCCAUGGGCACCCGCUGCUACAUCCGCAGCUUCCACCGCCUCGUCGACGACUGCGACCGAUUCUACAAGUCCAUCUGCGACCUGGAAGAGUACAGGAACAAGAGCAGGUUCCUCUACGGCGAGUCCAUGGGCGGCGCGGUGGCGCUGCUGCUGCACAGGAAGGACCCCACGUUCUGGGACGGCGCCGUCCUCGUCGCGCCCAUGUGCAAGAUAUCGGAGAAGGUGAAGCCGCACCCGCUGGUUAUCACCGCCCUGACGCAGGUGGAGGACGUGAUACCCAAGUGGAAGAUCGUCCCGACCAAGGACGUCAUCGAUGCCGCCUUCAAGGACCCCGACAAGCGCGAAAAGAUCAGGAAGAACAAGCUGAUCUACCAGGACAAACCGCGGCUCAAGACGGCGCUGGAGAUGCUCAGGACCAGCAUGUACGUGGAGGGCAGCCUAUCCAAGGUGAAGCUGCCCUUCUUGGUCCUGCACGGCGAGGCCGACACCGUGACGGACCCGGAGGUGAGCCGCGCGCUCUACGAGCACGCCGCCAGCACGGACAAGGCCAUCAAGCUCUACCCGGGGAUGUGGCACGGCCUCACCGCCGGCGAGCCGGACGAGAACGUUGAGGUCAUCUUCGCCGACAUCAUCGCGUGGCUCAAUGCGCGCAGACGCGUCUGGACGCUGGAGGAGCGCCUGACGAAGAUGCUGGCAGCGCCCAAGAAUCUCGACGCCGACGAGAAAGACCACGGCUCCACGGUGCCUCGGCGGCGGCGUGGGGGUUUCCUCUGCGGGCUCACCGGUCGGACGCAUCAUCACUCAGAAAUGUAGCAUGCAUGUAACAUAAUGCUACGAGAUCUGAUCAGCGACUUGAUCACUUGUGGCGCACCUACUAGGAACAAUGGCGAAUAAGGGGCGGAUGUGGGAGUAACACUCGUUGUAACAUAAAUAGAGGCAGACAUAUCAUUCCCUUCCCUCCAUUGCAGUGAACAUUUGCUCAAUAGGUAAAUCGUUUUCUUCUUUUCUUUA